ACAAUGUCCAGAGAAGAGUGAAUCCAAUAUUUAAUACUAAAACAAAUAAAACUGUAAAAAUAGUGAUCACAGGAACCAAAUUCUGUGAGAAUAUAAUGUUUGUCUCAAUACUUACCAUAAGUAUUGUCCUGUGGAUCGGAUCCACCGAUGCCUAUGAGUUGACACAACCCGAACAAAUACAUCUCGCAUAUGGAGUGGGACCAACUGAAAUGGUGGUCACGUGGGUCACAAUGGACUCGACACCGGAGACCACUGUUGAGUUCGGCCAAUCGCCGACCGGACUAAACACUAUCACUCAGGGAUACGCCACGAGAUUUACAGACGGCGGCAGUGAAAAAAGGGUUAUGUAUAUCCAUAGAGUGGUCUUAAAGGGACUCAAACCGGAUGAGCAAUAUUUCUAUCACUGCGGCAGUGACUCCGGCGGUUGGAGUAGUGUUUACUGGUUUAAGGCCAUGAAAGAGGGCAACACAUGGAGUCCACACCUGGCACUCAUCGGUGAUCUCGGAAAUGUUAACGGAGUAUCCCUUCCCUUUCUUCAGAAAGCGGUGGCGAAAGGGAAAUACGAUGCCGUCCUUCACAUCGGUGAUUUUGCAUAUGAUAUGGAUUCGGAUAACGCUCGGGUCGGCGAUGAGUUUAUGAGACAAAUGGAACCGAUCACUGCUUAUCUGCCAUAUAUGACAGUUGUUGGCAACCAUGAGGGCGCAUACAAUUUUUCCAAUUACGAGAACCGGUUCACAAUGUAUGACCACACGAGCCGUCAAAUCAAUAACCACUUCUAUAGCUAUAAUGUCGGUCCCAUUCAUUUCAUUGUCUUCUCA